AUGUCCGAAGGAAGCGAGACAACAAGAAUCCGCGACGAAGCAGUGCCAGCAGUGGGUCAGGCCGCGCAAGGGAGCACUGCUCUAAAGCGCAGCAAAAAGGGCUCGCCUUACUAUUUCCGCGGAACGGUACGAAUCGCACCAAGCAGGGAAGCGGCCCUACGAGAGGCCCUGGAAGCUAUGAAAUUUGUCUCGACAGCACAGAAAACACAACUGUGCAUUUUCGCAGACGGCUCCUUCGACCAAACCACAAAGGACGGAGGUUACGCGCUGGCGCACACGGGCUUUGCACCUGCGCCUAGUGAGGCAAGCGUCGAGCGACAGGUAGCCAAAGGAUGGAGCGCCAUACCUGUCACAAACAGCCCAACGUGUGAGGGGCUUGCCAUUGCCCAGUCUUUCAAGGAAGCAAUGAAGGAGCUCACGAUUUUGGAGAAACGUGUAGCAACCCGGCCUGUCGAUACAGCCAGUGCUGGAGGUCGCAUGGAGGCUUCGGUAAUAACAUUUUCCGACUCGAAAACCGUUCUUGAGGCAACAAAGAGGGGAAAGUUCCCGAAAAGCAUGAAACACAUGGGCCAUGCCAUCAUCAAAUUUUCGGAGGAGUUGAAAGAGAAAUUCCGUGGACCCAGAUCCAGACUGAAGGUGAACCUAGUGGUUCACUGGAUACCUGGCCACUACCACACAGUUAUGCCCUUGCAUAGCAAUGGAGCGGAUGGCGUUUACGAGGAGGUCAAAUCCGCAAAGCGAUACAAAGAAGAAAGGCUCAUGCAAUGGCGAGAGAGGGAGCAGCAGGAGUGGGAAGAGCCGCAGUCACACCAGCCUGUCGAAGAAGACCAACCGGAAGGUCAACAACUUUACCAACAGGAAUGGCACAACCAGAUGCAGCAGUAUUACCAGCAGAAUGCCAAUUACUGGCAGCAGCUAAGCCGCUGGCAGGACUGGCAGAGAGCCCACGGGCACCAAGCGGGCCAGUGGUACUGGGAUGGCAAUGCCAACCAGUGGGUUUGGCAGUGGGACUACCAGAGGCCCGGCGAGACUGGUAACGGCCAGCCGCCAUCCUAG